GAGAAGAAAGGGAAGGAGAAGGGGGUUGGAAGGAACAUUUGCUGAAAUGUUCCGGUGUGGAAGCCUUGCGGCUGGUGCCUUGAGGCAGAAGCUGACGCUGUUGGUGCGCACUGUGUGCGUCCGAGGCCCGAGACCCAAGAACCGGCCCCCAGGCAACUUGUUCCAGCAAUGGCAUGUUCCCCUAGAACUCCGGAUGACAAGACAAAUGGCUAGCUCUGGUGCAUCAGGGGGCAAAGUCGAUAAUUCUGUGUUAGUCCUUAUUGUGGGCUUAUCAACGAUAGGAGCAGGUACAUAUGCCUACAAAACUAUAAAAAAUAACCAAAAAAGAUACAGUGAAAGAAUUUCAGGGUUAGGGCUGACACCAGAAGAGAAACAGAAAAGGGCUACAUCAUCUGCUUCAGAAGGAGAACCAGUUCCUCAAGUCAGGGUACCAAGUCACGUUCCUUUCCUGCUAAUUGGUGGAGGCACAGCUGCUUUUGCUGCAGCCAGAUCUAUCCGAGCUCGGGAUCCUGGGGCCAGGAUAUUAUUUGUAUCUGAAGAUCCCGAGUUGCCAUACAUGCGGCCUCCUCUUUCAAAAGAACUGUGGUUUUCAGAUAAUCCAAAUGUCACAAAAACACUGCGGUUCAAGCAGUGGAAUCGAAAAGAGAGAAGCAUAUAUUUUCAGCCGCCUUCUUUCUGUGUCUCUGCUUAGGACCUGCCUAACAUUGAGAAUGGUGGUGUGGCUGUCCUCACUGGGAAGAAGGUGGUACAACUGGAUGUGAGAGGCAACAUGGUGAAACUUAACGAUGGCUCUCAAAUAACCUAUGAAAAGUGCUUGAUUGCAACAGGAGGCACUCCAAGAAAUCUGUCUGCCAUUGAUAGGGCUGGAGCAGAAGUGAAGAGCACAACAACGCUUUUCAGAAAGAUUGGAGACUUUAGAGCCUUGGAGAAGAUUUCAAGGGAAGUCAAGUCAAUCACGAUUAUUGGUGGGGGCUUCCUUGGCAGCGAACUAGCCUGUGCUCUUGGCAGAAAAGCUCAAACCUUGGGCACAGAAGUGAUUCAGCUCUUCCCUGAGAAAGGAAACAUGGGAAAGAUCCUCCCCGAAUACCUCAGCAGCUGGACCAUGGAAAAAGUCAGACGAGAGGGGGUUACCAUGAUGCCGAAUGCUAUUGUGCAAUCAGUUGGAGUCAGUGGUGGGAAGUUACUGAUCAAGCUGAAAGACGGCAGGAAGGUAGAAACUGACCACAUAGUGGCAGCCGUGGGCCUAGAGCCCAAUGUUGAAUUGGCCAAGACUGGGGGACUAGAAAUAGAUUCAGAUUUUGGUGGCUUCCGAGUAAAUGCAGAGCUCCAAGCACGCUCCAACAUCUGGGUGGCAGGAGAUGCUGCUUGCUUCUAUGAUAUAAAGUUGGGUAGGAGGCGAGUUGAACAUCAUGAUCACGCUGUUGUGAGUGGAAGACUGGCUGGAGAAAAUAUGACUGGAGCUGCCAAGCCGUACUGGCAUCAGUCAAUGUUCUGGAGUGAUUUGGGCCCUGAUGUUGGCUAUGAAGCUAUUGGUCUUGUGGACAGUAGUUUGCCCACAGUUGGUGUUUUUGCAAAAGCAACUGCACAAGACAACCCGAAAUCUGUCACAGAGCAGUCAGGGACAGGUAUCCGAUCAGAGAGUGAGACCGAGUCUGAGGCCUCAGAAAUCACUAUUCCUCCCAGAACCCCUGCAGUCCCACAGGCACCUGUUGAAGGGGAGGACUAUGGCAAAGGUGUCAUCUUCUACCUCAGGGACAAAGUAGUGGUUGGGAUCGUGCUAUGGAACAUCUUUAACCAAAUGCUAAUAGCAAGAAAGAUCAUUAAGGAUGGUGAGCAACAUGAAGAUCUCAAUGAAGUAGCUAAGCUGUUCAACAUCCAUGAAGAUUGAAGCUGCACGGUGGACUGGGCAGGCACUUUAUUGUCCCUGUCAGCAGGUGGGAUGGGCAAGGCAGCAUUUUUUAUUCAGCAAACUCCCUCUGUGUGUUUGAGUGUGAAUGAUCAAGUCCUUUGUGCAUAUUUUCAACCAUUUAGAAGAAUUCCUAAUGUUCACAUCACGAAAUAAAACCUGAUUCUUCUAAAUUAAA